AUGCAUGAGAAUCACAUAAGAUAAUCUCAAGAUUAAUCAACUUCAGAUUUUGAGUAUUCUCAUCAUCUACAAUCAAAAUGUUUGGGUUUAAGAAAUCACAUAAAAAUGCAGACGCCUCGCAUGGCAUGACAAAGGACAGAAGAACAUCCUCGGAGCCUCUCCCCGAGGAUACUAAUAAUCAUAAGAGUAAUCACAAAUCCAAGGAGGAACUGGAUUCCAUGUCUGUGCAAGAGUUAGAGGGUUAUGCUGUGGACAAGUCUAAGGAAACGACGGAUUCAGUCUAUAAUAGUCUGCGGAUUGCAGAGGAAAUUAGAGGUACGGCCACUCAGACACUUGAUACUUUGCAUCAGCAAGGGGAGCAGAUUCAUAGGACUCAUCAAAUGGCUGCUGACACCGAAAAAGAUCUGGCUAAGGGUGAGAAGGUUUUAGGUAACCUGGGGGGUAUGUUCUCAAGGACUUGGAAGCCGAAGAAGGGAAAGAAGAUAGACGGGCCUGUUAGUAGAGAUGAUAAUGACUAUGUAAGCAAAAAGAACAAGAAAGAGCAAAGGGAAAAAUUAGGCAUAGCUCCCAAUCCUAAGGGUAAAGGCUCUCGUACACCGCCUCCAGAAUCAGCAAACAGUAUGCAGCAAAUUGAGAACGAAAAGAUGAAGCAAGACGAUGCACUUGAUGACCUCAGUGAUAUCUUGGGUGAUCUCAAGGGCAUGGCUGUUAGCAUGGGAACUGAAAUAGAGAAGCAAAACAAAGCUUUAGAUCAUUUUAGCGAUGAUGUAGAUGAGCUGAAUAACCGAGUUAAAGGUGCCAACCAGCGAACGCGUAAGCUGCUCAACAAGUAGGCCGCACUGACAAGUAUAGCAGAGGUUGCAAGCCUCGCCUAGCUAUUUCUGAACCCUUACAUGUCUGUUCUGAUAUGUAAAUACAUAAUAUUGUUAUCACUUUUAUAAACUCAAUUGUUAAACUUGCAAGUUGCAAAUGUAAUUUACGUAAUAUAGUCUGUGUACUUGUAAUACAUGGUCGCUCUGAGGCCUCUCAGGCUUUCACCAUUUAAGAAUACCAGAGGGGAAACUUGGAGACUAGAUAUUAUGUACAAUUAUGUAAUAUUAUUUCGAUUUUCACUUAGUACAACUAGUAUGCUCCAAGUUAUC